CGAAGAGCGCUCUACAUCAACAUGGCGUCCAUCCUCGAUCAGUACUUACAAGCUUCGGCGGGGGAGAAUUUAAAUCCUUUCCUUGGACCAGAUGUAACAGAACCGGUCAGUGUCACUGGUAUCUUCCUUCCUUAUUUUAAAUCAUGGAACACCACUUUCCCAAUUUUUCUAUUUCUACACUACUGCUUGCUAUGCCAAUGCAUCGCAACUGUCCCAUAACUAACUUUCAUUUUGCAAUUCGCAUUCUCGACAGUAUUGUAGGUGUUCUUUUAAUAUUGUGAAAUUGUUCAAAAAUUAAACAGAUCUUAACUGGAUAUGUUGACGUAAGAAGCGAGGACGAAGUGCCCAUUUUCCGGCGCCAAAAAAUCAACUUCAGGUAAACCGUUAACCUACAACUAAAAGACCAUUUUCGAGUUUCCAAAAACUCUCACUUUCAAAACUGGGCUAAAUGCAAAGCUUUGCUUCGGAAAAUUAUUUGCAUGAGAAUAGAGGGGCAUUCACAUAUCAAUGGUUCGCAAUUAGCCUCGCUUUGAAUCUAAGGCUAGGGGCAACUCGGAAAUGGCCUCAUGUAAAAUUUUCCUGUUGUAUUUUGACAAGCCAUAUACAGUCUGAUACAUUAAGAGACUGAGUCAAUUUUGAAUAAAGUGACUGCAGUGUUAUGGUCCAGUUAAAAUUAGGGACAGGGGGUGUGGGUGGGGUGGUCUGUAUGUCUCCAGGCUGAAUUUCAAACAUAGUUGUUAUUUUAUUUGUGUUCUAAAGGUAGGCUAUGUCCCUGUUGGCAUUUAACCCAUCUUUAUGUCAUUUGUUUAUCUAGUCUUCUGUUGCUGUUUAAAGGCCAAGUCACUUGUCGGGAUUGAACCCUAUAAAAGAGCCUUUUACCUUCUGAAUUCUUCUUCAGAAAUUAAGGAUGGUCCAUUGAGUGGAUUCAUGAAAAAUGGUCCAUAGACUGGGUCCACGAAGGUGGUCCACGGACCAGGGAUCCCUAUUUUGAAUGAAUGGAUGAAGGAAGGAAUGAAUGAAUGAAUGAAGUUUAUCUAUCGUCGAUGAUGUAAGAAGUGGUUGCCCAGUCUCCCAAGCUAGGGACUCAUGUAUAAAAUUUUCGACUAAACACUCUCAUUUAUUUGAUUUUUCACUGAGAAUUAAGUAUUUAUUAUGAAGACACUUUGAUACCAUGCACAUGUAGACUGCGCCCCACCAAUAUAUAUCCACUCCCCAUUCAAAGUUUUCGAAAAUUGACCAUGCAUACAUGUAUAUUAUCAUUUAUUUUAUGCUUCAUGUUUUAGAAAGAAAUUAAAUCAGGUGUUAGAUCACACUCAAUGUUUGAGGUUAGGGCCAUAUGGUUAUUAUUAAGGAUGAUUACUUAUCUUCGUUGUUCACACACACAGGCCUCCAAGUAACAUUGUAGAUGUCGCAGUGAGUAACAACAUAGUAGCCAUAGCUCUGAACAACAAUGAGCUAAUGAGGCUAGAUUUGUCCAACCCAAGCGAAAUAGAUCGUAAGUAUACAGAGAGAAUGUGGUUAACUGGAUAUAACUCUAUUUCCUCUAAUGAGUGUCUGUGCUCUGAUAAGCAGCAGAGUUCAGAGUUCAAAGUAAUGGCUGGUCAACGAGCAGUGUCUGGCCAGAAUGGCAACUUAAGCGGCUAAAAACUUCACUUGUCAGUCAUGUUGCCUGGUCAUACUUACUCUCAUUCAUGAACAAACAGCCGAAUCCUCGCCUCUGUUUAAAUCAUUGAUCAUUUUGUUUCUUUAUAAAAAUACAAUCACAUUCACAAAUAGAAAAUUACACAAGGAUUAGUUAACUUUUUUCCCAAUAUUUUGACCUGUCAGCAAAAAUUUCUUUAGCCAGUCAUCGUGUCCGGCCACCGUCCAAAAAUACAAUUAUUUUGAGCACUGGAGGUGCAGGGACCAAGCAGUUAACUCCUCAAACUUCAGAUGUGGGUUCAAGCCCCCCUGUCUUGUUGUUUCCUCACACAAGAAACUGCUCCAUUUGUUUCAGUAUCUCUCCUUAUGCCCAGUCAGGGUUUAUACAGGUCAUGGAAAACCUGGAAAGUCAUAAAAUUUAAGAAUUUCAUUUUUUAGGCCUGGAAAGUUGUGGAAUAUAAUUUUUGAUCCUGUUUCUGUAUCAUGUGUUUUUGUGAAUUUUGCAAGAUUUCACAGAUUUACCUGAAUUUUGCAGCUCUGCGACUACACUAAAUAUCAGAAGCCCUGAAAAAAGUAUGAUCCUUGCCAGUUGUAAAAUUGGUUUGCAACAUACUCUAAAGGGGAACUUUGUAAUUUUGUGUUAUUGGUAUUGCAUCUGAAUAAUUAUUUGAAUUAGAUCAGAUCUGUGUACAGCUGUAGUCAGUAAUUUUUGAACCUAUGAACUAUCUAUGUAAGUAAGACAAGAUGGGCCCAUUACCAUCUAAUCUUGCCUGCUUGAGUGGCCAAUUUGAACAUAACCUACGUCGCAGAUGUAAUUUAACCUCAGUUAGCAACAUCUGUGAAGCAGUGCCGACGGCAAUGUCUUUUGUAACAGGCCAAUCAUGGUACGUACUCAAAUCCUGGUACACAGGUGAGGGACCAGAACAAGGAUUUCAGCGCUGUUUCACAGAACCAGCCAUAGUACAUGUAUGUGUAAUAAAAAACAGGUCUAAAGGAGCUACAAGUCAAAAAAAGCUUUGUCUUUUACAUCUCUCCUCCUAGGUGUUGACAUUACCAAGAGAGUGGAUGAUUCAAUUCAUCGCAUCUUUUUGGACCCCACUGCAAGGCAUCUCAUUGUCUGUAUGAAAUCUCAAGAAUCUUUCUAUCUAGCGAGAAAUUCCAAAAAACCCAAACCAUUGGCAAAGAUGAAGGUAAGGGAUCAGUGAUACCACCUGAUAGUUAUAUCAACCCUUAAACAUUUUGCAAUACAAUCAGCUUGCGAGUAGAGCCUCCUUUUGUCUUCUUGAUCAAGGAGGAGGAAAGGAAGCUGUGCCUGAAUUGCGUCAAACUAUCUUCAGUGCUCUCAUUAUCACGAGGUAACCGGUAAAAUUUACUGCUGAAGCAACACUUCUUACUGCCUGCAACCGCUUGGAGGUUUACUAAAAUUAAAUAAAUUGUUUUGAAACAUACGCAAGUUGUGAUCUGAUCCAAUUCUCACAAGGAAAUUAAUGAAUAUGUGGAAAAGUACUAUUUAAGUAUGCACAGCUUUUCUUUUUAUGGGCCAUACAUUUUGGAAAGAGAACACUGAAGACAGAGUAAAAUAUUAUUAUUGGAAUCAAAUGUGUUACAUUGCUAUCUUAAGAUAACAAUGGCCGAUUUGCAUAAAGUAGGUCUUAACAAUGAGAGAAUGACGUUUCAGAGAACUUAGCUCCUAAAUUUCCAAGCAAGGGUGGGCCAUGUCCCUCACUCCACUACCCCUCCAACCCAGGAAAGUGCACCUCUGGCGCAAAGUUUUUGCCUUACCGGCCGUGAAUGGUCCCUUACCUGCUGAGUUAAACUUUAGGGAGAACAUUGGUCUCUUGUCAUUUUUUUUUUCAAUUGUGAGCAUUUGUUUAUUGAUAAAUCAAUGUUCACAACAAAGCCUGCUGUAGCAAGCUAUUAGGCCUUUGUUCAAAACUAUACCCCAGCAGCAUGCUGUACAUGCUUAGCAAAGAUCUUACUCAAUUCAUGCGGAGUCUUUGUUGAGUACGCCACAAUCGAGCAAGCAUAAGAAAGACUCUGCUGGGAUGGUGCAAAACAAUGUGAGCAAAACAGUUGUUGGUUAUAAUUAAUAGACCUGUUGCAGUACAGAUGUAGUUGGACUUAUGACCAACAACAUAAAAACUUGAAAAUAGAAAGAGCAAGAGUUAAAAUUAGUGUCAUUAGGCUAAUUUUCAAGAGCCAGUGUAUCUCAAUGGAGAGAUUUUGUGACCCCAUCCAUUUUCCUUUUUCAUUAUUUCAGUGACUUCCUGGGGAUGAUGCUAUCCAGGGUUUACUGAUGCCUUAAUAUGCGCUCUGUUUUUCCUUUAAUUGAUAUAGGGACAUCUUAUCAAUGCCAUUGCAUGGAAUAAGGCUAAAUUAACUGAGAGUUCUACACAAACAAUCCUUCUUGGGACUUCUAAAGGUUUGUUUAAAUCAGAUUGCAAUCAUGAUUCAACCUUUUCCUCAGUACAGUCAUGUACCAUCUUUGUUUUCCAGAGGUGACAAUAGUGCAUAGACGCUUUUAGUUUCUGAAUUCAUUUAAAAAUUAAUGAAUAAUUUAUAACACAGAACAAAAUAAUAGAAACUUAAGUCAACAUUUGACAACUUCACUUGGGCAUAAAGGCACCAUGCAUACAUGUAAUAGGGACCAUUCUCUGUUAUUUUUUAAAUGGUGCAGUAUCUAACUUUAAAAUUAUUUAUUAACUAUAUAAUAAAUAUCCUUUUCAAAAGGUGUACCCAAAAAUUCACAAUUUUCUUUCCAUAUGCAACUGUCUUACAUCCUGUAUCUUAUGCUAGUUGCCUCUAAACAGGCCUGUUGUCUUGGAAAACCUGAACAACAUGUAAAGCAGUUCUAAGCAUAUAACCCCCGGGGUUAUAUGCUUCUGUGUGAGGUCAUUUGUAUAUUGAUCCUUUAAACUUACUUGACUAUACUAUUAAUGUUUUUUGACCUUAUAAGAUUAUAAAGAUGCAUGCUUGUUAAUACACUUUUUACAGGCCUGAUAUUUCAGACAGAGAUAGAACCAGAGGAAAAGUUUUUUCAGGGUGGUCUGGAAAAGUUUUGGAAGCAGGUGGGAUUUCUCGGCAAUAAAUUCUUUCCACUUGGUAAAGUCAAGAAGUAUAAUGACUUGUACUUAAUUAUGUCUUUUUUUUUUUUUGCUUUUUGUCUUAGUAGUGUUGAUGUGUUCUUUCAAUGUAAAACAACUAUUAGAAUAUUAUAAUGACAUUACUCUAAGAGAACCAUGUAACUCCAUGUAAUAAAAUUGAAACAUAAUUUAUUUGUCAUCUUUUCUAAACUAGGUUUCCAAAUCUGUGAGCCCCUGUCCCUGUACGUCCUUGAACAUAAAAUGAAUUAUGAUAUGAAUUUUAUUCAGUCAUGGCUGUGAGCAAACGAAUUAACUUUGAAUGUUAUGAAAACUAAAUACAUUCUUGAGGAGUCAAUUUAAUUUAUCCCAAAUAAAUAAUGACUUCACAGUCAAGGUUAAUACCAUUUCAAAGAAAAUAUCUGUUGGUCUUGUAUCGUAAAGUGUGUAAGUCCCAUAAAUACCCUUUGAUACUACAGUGAAUGUGUACAAUGCACUGGUUAAAUCCUAUAUUUUUUAAAAUUACUGUAGUGCUGUAUGGGGUAAUAUCAAACAAACUUCAAAAGAUGCAGAGUAGGGCUGCCAGAAUUCUCACCUUUUCUAACUAUGAGGUUUGCGUAAGUGUUUUUUUGGAUGAGCUUGGCUGGGAAAUGUUGGAUAAUGUCCCCCACCCAGAACUGAGUCUGCCAAAGGGAGCCUACACUACAGAAGAGAUAGAUCUUCUUUGGAACAAGACUCCUUUGGAGAAUACAAACUUGUCUAGCUUAAAUUAUUAAUUAAAAAACUUCAUUUCAUGAGAGAGAUUAUUUUAAUACACCAUGAAUCAUUGUAACCUGUGUAUUUAACUUUAUAGUCAACUAGUUCCUUAGAGUAUUUUAGUUGAAUUUUACACACGAUUCCCAGUAAGACCAUGUGAAAGUGAUAUGAUUUCGUGUUUAAAAUAGAGAUUGAUAUGAUGAUGAUGAUGAUGAUGAUGAUGAAGUGUUUGGUUAAUGACUGAUGAUUAUUGUUUCCCCUGUGUGUUGUUUUAUGUUUUAACUUGCAGUUGUAUGAUGUUAACUCAAGUGGGGACCCAGAGGAAUCAAUUUAUGGCAUAAUGUUUGAGAAAUUCCCUGCGUCUCCAAAAUCUGAUAGAAAAUAUUUCAUCAUGGUUUCUACACUCAGGUACAUGUAUUAAUGUGUUUGUUUAACGGUUACUACUACAUACAACAAUGUACGUAUAUCAUCAGGCGUGGGUUAUAUAAUGCAUUGUUAGUGUCACCUAGUUGUAGCAACCUGUGGUCUUUUUUGGUUACCUAAAGAGUGGACUAUUGUCUAAUGUAAUUAUUGUUAUUUUCAAAGAGCUUCAUAAAAUUAUUUGUUAUUAUAUUUGUGAAUUACAACUCUCUCCUCCACGGAGGCUCCCACUAGGUAUCCCCAUGAAAAUAGCAAUAAUCAUCGUGCCCUGCGCGCUCUCUUUUGUUUUCUGCCCAGUCUCCCCACAACACGAAGAGAGGAAGGAGGAGAGGGGAAUUACAAUGCAGUAAUAACCCUAGGGGGUCCAACACCCGCCUCCGCUUUCUCCUUGUACCAUGGCGAGGGUAUCAAUUUGCUUGCGCCAGGCAGUUUUUGAACCAAAGGAAAAAGGGCUUUAAAUUCAACGCUUAUGCCCUGGGCUCUUCUUUGUUUCUAUUUUUCUAAAGUUCUUUGAUAAUAGUCAGUAUGUCUUCGUUGUUUUCCUCCAGUCGCAUGUAUCAGUUUAUUGGUGAUGCAUCUGGUACAGAUUCACUGGACUUUCAGCCAUUGUUCGCAGAGUAUGAAAACAAUCCAGGUAUGUGACUUUCCCUCCCUCCCUCCCUGACUUCCUUCCUUCCUUUCUUCCUUCUUUCCAUCCCAUCCCUCCUACCCCUGGUGGGAGGAACUCAACAAACUUUUAUACGGGGAGGCUCCACCCAGAGAUCCAAUCCCUUACCCUUUAAAAAGUUACCAAUUUUUUUUUACAGAAAAGGUACCCCUUUUGUAUACUUUCUAUCGACUAAAGAGACCCCUUUCACACAGCUAAUUUAGAACUUCACAUCCCUUUUUACUGCUGUAAACACACUAUCUUAAAUUUCACAGCCAUAAAAAUGCAUGUAUUAUCCCAUUUGGGCUUUUUACUGACAGACCAAAAUGACAGAUUUCCCUACACUUUCAUAUACUUCAACAAGUAAAAUCCUUGCCCUUUAAUAUACAUGUACCUGUACCUGAAAAAGGACAGAGCCUAGAGCUCCCUUUAUAGGUUAUUAUAGGGAGUACCCCCCAGGCUUCCGACUUCCUACAUUCCUCCAUCCCUUCCUUCCUUCUUACCUUUCUUCCUUAUUGGAGUCUUUGUUUGAACUUAUUUUUUGGCAGCACCUUUCCUUCAGAUGCCUGGUCAUUUGGAAGCGAGCGAGUUAGUGUUAUUUUAUCCUAAAGUAAGAGGUCUACCAAGAACGUUUGCAUGGCUCACAGGUCAGUUGUGUGCAUCUAAAUUAACAGUAGUCAGUUAAAUCCUUGAAUUUCUCAGACAUUCCAAGUGAAUAUCAUGGUUUUUGUACCCUAAUAUCAUGCGUGACAAAUAACACCUUAAUUUUGGCCCAAGAUUUCAGCAUUUAUACUACUACAUGAGAAAUUUCUGCAAUUUGAUUGGCUUAGAGCAGCGGUAUUUCAGCUUAAUUUGAAAUACCUACAUGUGAAACAAAACCUUUGUGGGUAGUAGUAUAAACAAAUAAUAGCAUGAUUUUCAUGUGAUAUUUGGCAUAAAUACCAGUCGUGAUAUUUCAAAAAUUUCUCAAAUUUCACUCACCUAACGACUCAUGAAAUUAUUUAUAACAAUUUCAAAAUGUCACUCGUGGUAUUUAUGCCAAAUAUCACUACUGACAAAUCAUGCUAUGACCUGUACUAAUUUGAAAUUUCACUUGUGAAAUUAUAAAUUAUUGCCAUGGUAAUGUUCCGUAAGUGUUAGUGCCAAGAUGGUGGCAGAGUUUUAAAACAAUAUGAGUGAAGAUGUCGGGGCAUUAAAGAUGCUUUAGAAAACCUAAACACACAAAAGAGCACAUCAAGAAGGAUUCUAUCAGGUAUUUAAUCGAAAAAUUCUGAAAAUUCUGAACUUAAUCCAAAAUUUUAGCUCUAAGGUGUUCAUUGCGUGGAGUUCUCCAUCGAUAAUCAGUUUGGUUGAACUGAAUGUCAUUGAACGUAGAAGCCAUUUUAAACCAAAUUUCAUGUUUAACUACAAAAUGUUUAUCCUUCCAUUUACAUGUAUAAAUUAGUUAUGUAUUUUUCUUCUACCUCUGAUUGUAACAUAUAGGUAGUGGAGUAUACUUUGGACACUUAGAUUUCAAUCCUCAAGAUUCAUCUGAUAACAUUACAACUGAAACAAAACUCCUUCAGUAUCCUUUCAAGUCACAAGAAUUCUUGAAUAUUAAUUUUUAGCUAGAGUAUGGUGGUCUCUACAGUCUUUAACUGUUUCAUUAUCCAGACAGAAUGCCUGUGUUUUUAAUAUCUGGUUUUGACUUGAGUAUGUUGUGCAAAACACCUAGCAAUACAGUGCUGUUUACUCAUAUAGAUAGACUCUUCAUCAUGUAUUUCAUUAGGUUCAAAAAUGCUCUUUCAACGAAAGGCUUUAAGAGAUCUCCCUUGUGUAAGGGCUUGUGCAGAACUUGCUCACCAUUGUAUUUUAGUGUAAAUCUAUCAUACAUACUGAGUGGUCUGGAAGACAUAUGGCUAGUGCCUCUAGAAUUGGUUUCAUUCAGUUUUUUCAAGGAAAUGGAAAUGACCACUAUGCAGGCUUGGUAUAAAAUACACCUUUAAGCUGAAAAAAAAUCAAUCUGAACAUUUUCAGCUUUACAAGCCAAGUGUUGUUUACAGGCUGUAAACUCCUACAACAGUGUUUUACAGAAGUUGUUUUCUUAUAACUGAAUUUCAAGAUAUAAAUUAUCUGGUGGAAUGGAGGCUGUCCCUCCACUAUCUGUUGGCCUUACUGGUUUCCAUGCUCUUAUGCUCUACAAAAACAGGUAAUUGCAACCAUGCACCCAUGGUAUGUGACCUGCUCAAAGACAUAUGAGGGCUGUCACUAAAAAUUCUAGUUGUGGGGUAUUUUUCUUUAAAAAUUGCAAUGGGUCAUGCUCAUAAUUGCCAGUGAUUUUGUUACAAAUAGUUAUGUUGAGUCCCGGGGUUCAUCUUGUAAAAAAAUCAUUAGUCCCAGUUCAAAAGACAAUAGGGCCAUUUAUACGAGGAAAAAUAAGACGCGUCUUUAAUACAUAAGACGCCAACUUUCCGUAUAAACGGUACAUGCGACUUAGCUAAGACGCGUCUUAUUUUAGAACAGCCCUUAACACGUGUUCUUAGAUAAGACGCGUCUUAGCUAAGACGAGAAAAACUUCGUAUAAAUGACCUUCGCGUCUUAUAUAAGACGCGAACGCAUCGUAGGCAUGCGUUAAUUUUUGGCGCGCCACGUUGGAUUGCCGUUGCUACGGGCAACAUUCACAUGAAAACGAGUCAAGAACAGAAAUAAGACGCGAACCAUUGAUACGAGCUCUUCUCGUCUUCGAUAAGACAUGCUCGUAUAAAUGGUACAGUUCGCGUCUUAUUUAAGACGCGUCUUAUGUAAGACGCGUCUUAUUUUUCCUCGUAUAAAUGGCCCUAAUAUAUGAGUCCUACACUGAAAAUGCUCGGGCCUUUAUGUAACCAGACAGUUAAUCUGAAGACAGGCUCCAAAACGCUCCAGUACAGUUUACUGAAAUUAAAAUAUAGUCCUUCUAUUUGAAACACAAAAAAGACUGAAAUAAAUAUGCAUGAUUAAAAAACAUCUGCAAUAACAGCCACAGAAAUCACAUGAACUUGACAGUCUACGAAAACAUCUUCAGAUCGAUCAAUCGAUCUUUGCGUUUUACAGGAUGUAUGCCAUGAAUUAUUUUGUGUCUUUGGGGAUUUUUAUGCAUCAGGGGCGUAGGACGCAGAGGUGACAAAAUCACUGAAAGCCAUGGGAAAUCCCCAGCCCCAGCCCUUGGUGACAGCCCUGCCCAUAGCUUACAGCUGUAGUAACUAUAAGGUCAUGGAUUCGGUUCCUGCUGAGGGGCUUGGAUUGUUACUCUGAGCUUUUCUUUUAUGUUCUUAAUAUCUAUGUGCGAUUGAAACCUUACACAAAGCAUAAAGACUUCAUUUCUUACACAUUUUUCAUACUACUCUGCUUUUAAGAUAAAUUUUUAGGGGACUUUGAUCUUGCAUGCAUUUUAUUGGUUCAUAUGAUGGCAGUGCAGUUGCAGGAGUAAUGAAGAACAACAAGUUUGUUAAACUUGACUGAUGCCAUGUAUUAUUCUCUCCUAUUGCUGGCCAAAGAAAGAAUUUUGUCCACAGAUUUAAAAGUUAGAGUAACAAGUAUAAAACUUAACAUGCUAUAACAUGCUUUAAGAGUAAAAGAGUAAAGGAAUCUUGGCACUAUUUCAUUAUUAUUCUUUUUGUGAUAAUUGAAUUUUAUAGAUUUGAGGCAGUGUCACUUCUUAGUGAACAAGCUGUGUUUGAAGAUCAACUUCCACCUCGGGUUUGUAUAAAAUUCCUUGUUAUUAAAUUUUUCCUUGUAUUAGGUACAAAUCUUAUAUCACCAGAAACUCAGACGAGGUAGAAUCGUUUUGUUCAAUGUUCAUCCCUUUUUAUUUUUACAAGCACCGUAAUUAUUUAAACAAUAAAAGAAGAAAGCAGUAAACCAAUUCAACUUCUUAAGUGAGUAAGGGUGGUAGAUAACAGAUCACUAUAAUUUGGUAUCUAAAGUAGACAGUUUGGAACAUAAAAGCACAUUUUAGAUAGUUAUUAUACCUGCCUUCGCAAAUUCCUACAUAUCAGAGUUUUUCUGAAUGGGGUAUUGUAAUAUAACUUAACGAAUGCUCGGUAAACUCGUCAAUUUGUAAAUUAAUUGUCUCACUCAGGACCAGUUGCGUUUAAUACUAUAACACUUUUGAGCAUAGAUAUCAUUCAAGAAUAUGUUACAUGUUCAUGCAUCUUGAAAAAAUACUAAAACUAAAUCAAGGGGAAAUAAUUUCUCUCGCUCUUAUAGAUUAAUAUGUAACUUGCAUCUUUUCUUUGUAGUAUGGUGCUAUGAGAGGCCUCUGCAUUGACUCUGUAAAGAAAACUGUUUGGAUAUUUUCAGAUUCAGCUAUUUUUCAAUACCAUGUUACCAGAGAAAGCAGGUUUGUAAAUUUACUAAGAAUAUUGUCUUGACUGUUGUAUUAUUACGGUGCAAUCAAUGGUAAGUGGCCUUGUCUGACUGAGCACCUACCCCUUCCUAAGUCAACAUUAACACUUACCUCUCACUUAGGGCAAAAUUGUGACUAAGGGGAGGGGUAGGUGGUCAGUUACCCAGAUUACUUGGCCCCAGACUGUUCACAGUCCCCUGUAUUUCCGUAAGAUUGUGGAGAUCGGGCGGCCAUCUUGGAUGGAUGUCAAAUCUACUUGGGGGGCGGUAGACGGUUUGGGACGUAGCGAGACAAUUUUUUUCUAUUUUCUCGCCUACCUCCCCCAACCCCUAUAAACCCCGACGCCCAUCCCCUCGGUACAUAUGAAACCAAGAUGGUGGCCCGUCCCGGUGAGCGCUUGAUCCUGACGAUCUUACGAGAAAAUAGUGGAUUGUGAACAGUCUAGAUGAACCUUUUUCUUGAAAACUCAAAUUAGUCUGUGAAUGCAGCCGCCCCUCAUUGCCGCCCUGCUGUGGCUGCUGUCGGGACAUUUUGGGAGGGAGACGUCUGUGUCCUAAUAUUCCAUACCGCCAGGCGAAUCUAUUCGAACAAAAUCGAACCAAAAUACAAUCGAACCCAAUCGAUACCUAUUCCCAAUCCUGAAGUCGUGGAAUCGUAUAUUAUUAUUACACAUGUUAUUGUUAUCAGGGAUGUGUGGAGAAUGUAUCUUGAAAGAGGAGAGUUUGAAUUAGCCAAGGAAUAUUGUAAGGUAUGAAUUAUCAUGAAGGUCUGUUGGCCAAAUUGCACUUAGUACAGUUUAUAACAUAUUAGUGAAACAUUAUUUGUUCCUCUUGUAAAUAAUGAUGAGUGUUAAAAGUCCGUGAUUCUUUGUUUAAUCAAAAAGCCUACCAGAAACAACGAAAUUAAAUAUUUUCAAAGAAUAAUAAUAGUAAUCCCUCUGUAAAUUGUCCAUAACCAUUUAGCGUUGACCUAAUUUGGGAGAUGUUUGCAGAUAUCAGUAGAAAGGACGUCAGUUGUACUGAUAUUGUCAAAAAAUGGACCGCAGAAGGUGCAGUAGCCCAGCUGUUUUAGUAGAGAAGGUGAAGAGAGCAUACGAUUUCACACGUUUUGCGAAGUACACUGAAUAGACGAACUACUGCCUAAACAUUGAAAAAAUAUGUCAACUGCUAUAAAAAUCUCCUUAUAACUUGAAACUAUCGAGGAAAGGGCAAACGGUUAUGAAGGCGGGAACUUUACAUAGAUGGAGUUAAGUACGUUUUGUUGAAGUUUGAAUUAUUCAAAUGAACAGUAAAACACAUUAUAAGUUUCGACUUUCGCAUGAUAUGAAGAAUUAUGCAGACCUCUUAGGGUGUUAUCCACCAAGGCCAUAUAUGUACACCCUCCUUGAUCUGAAUUAUUCUUCAUAUCAUACCCAGCCACAUCCAAUAUUUGCUAAUUAUUGUACAGUAUGUAAAAUGAUAUUGCUGAUCUUUUUGCAUCAUAAACAGGACAAUCCUGCAAAUUUGGACAAAGUGUUAACGAAGCAAGCUGAAGAAUUGUUUGAUAGCAAAAGGUAACUUUGAGCUCUAACAGCUGCCAUUUUGCCUUUGCAUAGAAGCUGCUUUUAUUAUAAGGGUGGUUCCACAAGCGGGCAAGGUGAAGCGAAUACUGUCUUCUGAUUGGCUACCCGAGCGGGCAAGAUACACUUAUCUUGCACGCUCGGGAUUACCUGCUUUAAAUUGUCCCACAAGAAAAGAUUCUGUUGUGGCAACAUAAUAAAGCGUUUACCGACCAAGCUUGUUUGGUCAAGAUCGCUAGAUACAUUCGCCUUGGUAUUUUCUUGCGCUUUCGGAGCGCAAAAGAAGACUUAAUUUUCAGGUAUUAAUAACUCUAACCCUCGCGCUUGGCCUAUAACGCUUAUGUAUAAAGUAUGUGUUAAGGCGGUUGAAGGCUGAUAUUGACUGCCUUGCUAAAAAUGUUUGAUUGGUGAAUUUGGACAUCGAUUGACUGACCGACUGACUUAUUGGUUUAUUUGUUAAAAUGAAAGAUGUGUUGAUUACCUGAUUUCUCUGAGGUUUGACUUGCUGCUGUUAAUUUGACUGUUGCACCUAUUUUUUGACUGUUUAUAGUUACUCCUUUGCCGCGAAGUGCUAUGCCCAGACACAGGUUUCAUUUGAGGAAGUUGCAUUAAAGUUUAUUCAAGUGGAGGAAAGACAGGCCCUUAGAAUGUUUCUUUUAAAAAAGCUGGAUAGCCUCAAGAACCAAGUAAGAACUUCUGUUAUUUACUUGACUACAAGCAGUCGCUCAUUUAACUCACAGAUAGAAGAUCGAGCGAAAUACCUGCACCCUUAUAGAAGGUGACAUGUGGAGAGAACAAUUUCCUCUGCGGGUCACGUUCCUUGCGAAUAGUGAUUUUCACUUGCGCAUGUGUAUUCCGUCCUCCCUUGUUCUAGUACGUCUGAGGGACUACUUAGGCCCUGUUAGGGUAAAAUUGCUAUAGGCAACUGACGUUUCCUUGAAACAGUGGCAUAAGACAGAUGAAAUGGCGGUAACUGAAUCCAAGAUGUUUAAGCAAAUUAUACAGCAGUAAAAUACAGUCAGCGACAUGGCUUCCUGUUCAUUUUGUGAAAUUAAGGGUUUUGAACCUUAGUGUAGGGACAUACAUACCCUCACAACUAUAAGAUAGCCUCACUCCUCGAAGUCUACUCCAUUAGUUAGUGAAUGAAAAAAUUUCUACACCUAAACCUAUUCCGAAGUCAUGAUGACUGUUGAGGCGCCAGGAAUCUAGCAACCGUUUUUUGGAUUCCCUUAGUGCGUCGCAAAACCUCAGCCCUACCCAAUCAGAGAUUAUUUUCCCAACGCUUCUUUUUUCUUCCUCGUCUUCUCCCUCCUUGCACUUUAAAAAAUUGUCUUGCAAGCCCUGCUGAUCUUGAUACAUGCCCAGACAACUUCAACUUGCGUUUCUUUACCGUGGUUUAAUAAGAUGUCAUCAUAGGGCCCGAUAGCUUGCCUGAUUGUGUCCCUGACUGUGUCGUUGGCGAUUUGGUCUUUGUAUGAGAUGCCAGGCACUUUUCUAAAGCAUCAUAUCUCAGGGGACGGCAAUUUCUUCUGAGUAGCCGAUGUUAGUGUCCAGGUUUCGUAAGCGUACAAGAGUACCGAGACAACCAGGAAGCGCAUGAGUCUGAUAUUUGAGCUAAGAGAGAUAUGCUUAUCGUUUCAGAUGAUCUUCAGCCUUAAUAAUAAUAAUAAUAAUAACUUAAACAUAUUUAUGCAGGAUUGUUGCUUCAGUUUUAAGAAAAAAAAACUGCUAUCAAUGCAGGUCCUGUAAAAAAUUAAAAAUGAAAAAAUAAAAAUAAAAAAGAUUUAAAAUAUAGAUAAAAAUCAAAUCACAAUAUUACAAAAUAGUCACACCAAACGAAAGAUCGAACAGUUAUAAAUUCUAAGAAUUAUUAAAAAUUAUUAAAAAUUUUCGCACCUUUGUAGAAAAAAGCGCGCUUGGUGCAUUCUAAAUUAAUUCUUUCGCCUUGCUAGUGCUGUUGUAGUCUGUCAAAUUCUGGACAGUACUUCAGGCUUGGAACCCUAAUGUCACUGUGGCGACUGCUCUCAGAUACUUAAAACUGCCAACUUCGUCCAGUUUUCGCUGUUGAUCCUGAUGUCAACGCUGAUGACAUUUUUGUACAUUUUCAUUUCAACCUUUUAAUACCUCCAUUCUGAAAAUCUAGGAAACAUUAUACUCUUUGGUAUUUACUGAUAUAACUGUUUAAUGAUUAUUUUCGCGAUUAAGGACAAGACUCAGAUGACCAUGUUGAUAAUGUGGUUGAUUGAGCUUUACCUAAAUGACCUUGGUGGACUCAAAGAAGAAGGUGCCAUUGCUAAGCAUGAAGACUUAGAAGACGAGUUUAGAAAAUUCCUGGCACAAACCAAAGUUAAGGUGAGUAUACGGCGCAAAGGAACCUGAAAUUAUUCACCACAGUUUGCAUGGACAGUCUUCGCAAAGUUUUUGUAUUCCAUACAUCCCUGACUUCAAUUUGUUUUUGGCUUUGCAGUUCCUUAAUUUUUUCAGUUCCGAAUUAGACUAGAAGAGAUUCUUAGCAAAGUUGUCGAGUCGGGUGAUGUUGCAAGAUCCCUUUUCCUAUCCUAAGCCGGGCUGCAAAAUGGGAAAAUGAUCUUGUGAUUAUUGUUGCACUGAAGGGGAUUAACUGACUUUUGUAUACUUAUUUUUGAUUAUUGCCCUACUUUUAAUGUGGCCUGAAUUUAUAUGUGACAUGUUACGUGGAAAAUUGUUCUUUACCGAAUCACACCGCUAAUAGGUCUUUUUUUUUAUCAUUGCAGACUUGUCUUGAUCAGAACAGAAAGACAGCUUAUGAAUUGAUUGCCAGCCAUGGCGAUGUAGAAAACUUAAUAUUUUUUGCUAUGCUUAUGCAAGGUUUGUACUAAUUCCAUCAUGACAGUAGUUUAUUUAACAAAUAGAUUCCAUGUUGCCCGGUGCAGUAAUAGAGAUAAGAACAAAAAAGUGGCACAUGGGCAAAUUUUUGCGACAGUCCAAUCCUGGACAUAAGUUUCACGGGCCGCAAGCGAAUGUGUCAGUGAUAGACAGGCCGAAAUCAGCCUUUGCAAUCUUUAAUAGGAACAGCAGUGAGUUAAAUUCAGCAAAUUUACUUUCUCAGUCUUACCGGUGUGAACCCUUACUAUCAAAAUUGAUGCCGCUCUCUACCAUCACUAUUUGUCGAUUUUUUUUCCUUUUUUAUCUUAUUCAAUGUAACUACAGUAGCAUAUUCUGUUAAACAUUUUUCAGAUUUUGAACAUGUCAUAAGCCAUCACAUUCAGCAUGAUGACUUUGUGGCAGCACUAGAUGUCCUCACGAAGCAGGCAAGUAUUCAGCCCCAGCCAAUCUCGGUUCCGGUUGUCCAGCUACACAGAGUUCAGCAGUCCAACGCUCUCUCUUUCUCAGAGAAUCCCAAUACGAUUCCAAUAAAAAAUAGUUUUUAAAAAAAUAUAUGAGCCUCUGCCAUUUUAAUGCAUUCAAGAUGGCGCCGAUUUUCGUGGAAGGGAUGAUUUCCAGUGUCGCGUUACUUUUACUCGCGUACGUGCGUAAAAUUUACGUUCGCAAAUGAAAUAGAGGCUAAGCAUUUAAGGUCGCUGGUAAGCGUAAAAGUUGAACCUCGAACGUGAUUAAAAUUUACAUGGGUUAACUUGCGUAGCCAAAAACGCGUCAGUGGAAAUCAGCCCGAAGACAGGAGCUACGCAGGUCACAAUCUCAUGGAUGUUUACAAAAUGGUGGAUCUAUCAGGAUUUCAUCAAGUCCCCCGCGCGCUUUCUUUUUUCCCUGUCCCCAGCCAUGACAGAAAGAGACCUCUACGGAGGAGAAAAGGCGUCCAACUGUAGAGUUGUAAUACUUCUUUUGUUCCAAAUUCUGUGUAUUUCAGACAGAUACAGAGCUUUAUUACAAGUUCUCUCCAGUACUGAUGCAGCACAUACCACGUCAAACAGUAACUGCAUGGAUUGAACAGAAGAAGAAGCUAGAUCCACGCAGACUUAUUCCUGCUCUGGUUCACUACCAUCAACAGGGUAAAUCAACACAGGUUAGCAAGACACAUGUAAUUAUCACUAGGAAGCGCCGGCUGAUUGAGUCGAGAUACAAAUUUUUCAUUUAGUCCGUUUUCCGUCAUAAACAUCUUUGCCGUGUUGUCUGGCUUGUAAAAUGUACGGCGCAACAAAAAUGCUGUUCGAUAGCGCACGGCUAGUGGAGCAACCUUUGGACUAGCUUGUUUUAAUUACGAAUUGUCCGACGGACCACCAACAUUUGCCGAGAUAAAGUAAAUGUCGGCGAAAAAGAAGGUAGAUAGGCUUGCAUGACUGCACCGAGAUAGUAAUCUCCAGCAAACACUUGCCCACAACUAAGAAGGGCAUGCGCUUUUUUACUUUCUUAUCUAACCCUGAAUGUGACUGUUUAAGUGUAAGGAAUCAGACUAUUAAAUUUUCAUACAAGCUGGUUCAGUGUGAAUGCCAGACAAUUUUAAUUUUCAUGUAUAGUUUCGUGUUGUCGGUGAAUAGUGUAGAGCUUUUAUUACCGAAUAACGUUUUCAGUGUACCUUUCCACUAGAUUACUUUCAUCUCUGUAGGAAGUACUGAUCUUUGCGUUUAUUAUGUAGACCGAGGAAGCAAUUCGAUACUUAGAAAUCUGCAUAGAGAGACUGGGGAACAGGGACCAAGCCAUUCAUAACUACCUGCUGUCUCUGUACAUUGAACAAGAAGAUGAUCUGUCAUUACUGCGAUACCUGCAGAUGCAAGGCCAGGUUAGUAUUGAUGGAAGAGUCCGUCAGUGGAUCAAAGGCAAAGUAUAAUGUAAUCGCCCCACACGACCAAACCGAACUCUAACGGGAAUUUUUUUCUUACCCCGAACAAAGGUUCAGUCAUUUCCUUAUUCUCGUUUAUACAAUCAAUUUUGGGGUCCCUAUGCAGUCAUUAGAGAGAUUUAAACCUCAUUUACAGGCGCCAAAAAAAUCGGCAGGGCACGCCAAAUUUUUUGGCACCGUGCUGACGAUUUUAAGGUACGGCACUCCCAAUUUUCGACAUGUAAACGUAUCGGUCCCACAUGUAAUGUGGCACCAGUACUCAAAAUUUUAGGGGUGCCGAGACUACCUCCAGGAGGUAGUCUCGGCACGGGUAAACGAAAUUUGGCGUGCCGUGCCGAUUUUUUUAGCGCGUGUAAAUGGGGUUUUAGAAUCGCGUUUGGGGCAAAAGCCAACGUUAGAUCCAAGGUACUUCUUAUGUUUGAAAAUGGGGUGGAAGUAUUAACUAGGUAGAUACAAUGAGCAGUAAAAGACAAAAAAUGAUGAAUAAAUAAUGAAAUAAAUAAAGUAUAGGACAACUUAGUCAUGUGUCAGUGUAAAUUGACGUUGGCCGUUUACCUUAAAUGCCUCUAUUAUCUCCAUCACAAUUUUACGUUUUUAAUAGGGCCAGUCGAAUUUCUGGCUAGACUGGCAAAUGAGAAAGGUAAUUAAUGUAACAAUCAUUAACCUCUUUUAUUGAAAGUCUGAAGUGAUCUUACUAAUGCUUGGCCAAUUAACAGUCAGAAUUUAGUUAUAAGACGAGCAGCUAGUUAUAUUUGACAAAAUUUCCAUGGUCAGCCGCCGAUCAUUAAAGAAUAUCCAUGUAUUCUUGCGAUUGGAAUCACAAUGAAUAUAUGAUUUUUGACAGGAUCCUGAAGAAGUGUGUUACGACUUAAAGUACGCUCUCAGACUCUGUUCAGAGCACAAUAAGCAGAAAGCCUGUGUACAUAUCUACAGCACCAUGGGACUGUUUGAGGAAGCUGUUGAUCUGUCUCUCAAGGUACCCCCUCCUGUAAUCAUUUGAGUGUUUACUUCUGUCACCUUUCCCCGCUUCAAUAGAAAUUCUCGUCUGACUAAACAAGCUCUGGACUAUCAGUGACCAUUACUUCUGCCUUUUGUGGGCUGUGGGAAUGUGUAAGGAGAACAUCUCAAAUAGAACUGGCGAGACCUGUCCGGGUUCAUCGCUAUGCUGUGUGGUCUGCACUAAAAAGCUAGAAGAAAAAAACUUUUCCUGCUUUUGACUGCUUGACUGCUCGGCGACGUCAAUGAGAACAGCAAAAUAGCGAUAGGUUUAGAUUGGCAAAACAACGGUUGUUUACCACUCACAUGGGCAAACUGAUCGGUUCACAGUUUGGGUAAAUGGUAAUCAAAAUUCAGGACUGGUACUUUCCUCCAGGAAUCGCGUUUACCAUUUGUAGAAAAUCAGUUCCAUUUACCGAAAAACUGCCACGAAAGCCUGAAACGGGGAACAAAGUUGGCUCUGAAGAAAUGGAACACGAAUUUGCGUUUGGAAUAUCCCGUCCGAAAAAACCAGACUACAUUUUGAGAUUUUCCGUUGCUCUCGGAAAUUUUCCACUGGGAUGACUCAAAAAGUCAUUUUCCAUUUACUUUCCAACCGGAUUUUGCAAAAACGUCUCUUCAAUGGUAAACAACCAACACCUCUGCACGUGUAUCCCGCUUUUUUGUACAUUUCUUUGCCGUCACUAAACGACUACGACGUGAAACAUGCAAGCAUCCUUCUGUUUAUAUUUCGUUGUAAUAAUUGCUUGAGGGAGCCUUUUCCUUGUAAGCCCGGUGGUUUCCCUUGGGCUUCUUCGCCAUUAUCCUUUAUUAUUUAGAAAUAUUUAGACUGUAGUUCUUUUCUUGUAUAACUUAUAUAAUGGUGAUACAAAACUUGAACUUGAAACUGCCUAAUUUCAGGGUUUGUUGAGGACGUGAACACAAGACCACGACUUUCUUUUUCUUUCCCUGAACUUCUAUGCAGUCUUUUAUAAUUCAGCUCCAGAACAUAUUGGCACCAUUUGACGAACUGAACGAGAUGGAAUAAGCGUGAUACGGUUUGAAGCAGUGCGAAUUCACUUUUUAAGUGACGUUUCCGUAACCGUCGCCGUCUUUGUUGCUGAAGCUCCGUAAUGUAUUCUUCUCUACCUUAUCGGUAGUAGCCGCUAUGAACAGAGUGAUAUUUUUAUUGUUUCUUUGAUUUCAAGGUGGAUGUAGACCUUGCUAAAAUCCAAGCGCAGAAACCUCCAGAAGAUGAUGAAGUGUUGAGGAAGAAACUGUGGCUGAGAAUAGCCAGACAUGUGGUGGAGGAAGAGAGAGACGUCAAGAAGUAACUUCACUUGUCUUAUAUACACAGCGUAGUAGAAAUUCGAGCAUGGUCAUCCCCUUGAGUUGUAUUCUGAAAAGGACUCUUGGUGAUUGUCGAUUUGACGACAUGUGCUACUGAAAGGCAUCAUGUUGUCAGUUAUUGUCGUUAAAUCAUCUGUGUAAACGUCACCGUCAGUUCAUUGUGAUGGCGACUUUUGCAAACUUGUCGAAAUGUCGGUGACCAAGAGUCCUGUCCAGGAAUACAUUUGUGCUGAUGAUCAAACUAAGUCCCGAUGAAAUAAGGCCAGUUAAGUAAUGGGUAACGUCAGACGUAAAUACUUCUCACGUCUGCCAUUAAGAUGCAUCUUUUAACUGUAAGGUCAGAAGUUAAGGUGUUUUGCAACUGUCCCCAGCACUCAAACAGUUUACAGCUAUAGUUAUCUCUAUAGUCAAAUGUUUUCUGGUACAAAACUUAGAGAGAUCAAAUUUUGUAAGGUAUUCCUGCUAAAUAACCUUGUCAAGUGUUGAAGGAUAAGAUUUCACUUGAACAGAGAACAAUAUGAUAGUAGUUGUUGAAAGGAAACUAAAUCGAGAUAGUGAGUGUGCAUGGCAUGCGGGACCUUUCUGUACAUCGCCUCCGAAAUGAUUACUGAUCAACCUUGAGAUGGUGCGAACCAAAAUGUUAGAAUAUGAUGGUGUAAAUCUGUCCAAGAAAAUUGUACUGAUCAGUUUGGGUUCGUAUUUAAUUUAUUUGGGUUCGUAAUCUGUUUCCUUCGAGAGAUAGUUGCUUUCCAAUAGGGUUUGGUUUGUCACCAUUUUCGGGGACCCACUCGAAAUGAAAUUGUUCCUCAAUAUAUCGGUUGUAAAUUAUGAACUUAAUGCUUUUGAUUAUAUAUUUUUUUCCAGGGCCAUGGAAUUUCUGAACCAAUGUGAACUACUCAAGAUUGAAGAUAUUCUUCCCUUCUUCCAAGAUUUUGUCACAAUCGAUCAUUUUAAGGUUAGGCUAACUGCCUUUGGCAUUGUUGCAAUCACUCAAGUUUUGCUUCGAAAGUAAGAACUGUUUGCCAGUAAACACAUCCAUCUGCCAAGCAUUGAGAAAGAUGUCCCUUUUCAUGUUAAUCCUUUCACUCACAUAGUCAACUCUGAAAUCAUAAAGUUUAAUUUGAACUUUUGAGUAUGUUGAUAAAAUCUUAUGCUGAAGUCAUUCAAUUGAAACCUCCUCAGCAGUCGCAAUUUGUUGUACUAUUCAUUUUGCCCCAUAUAUUUGGUGUGAAAUGGUUUAUUGUGUUGGGAAUUUACACGCAAGGAAGGACAGUGGUCCUUGGCAAUAAUGGUGACUCCAGAUUUGUGUAGGCGUUAAUGUUUGCUGAACGUGUUGUAAACUUUUCUUUCCUAUUGCUGUGGGGUGCUGUGUAGUUUUAACAUCGGUGAACAAAGAAGUCUCUUACUUUUUGCUGUUCAAAAUUUGAUUGUCUUUAGUUUUAAACUUAAGUAUCUCAUUUUUGGAGUUAAUAUGUUAUUAACUGGCUUCAUUCUGCUUGCACAAACUUGAAGAUGGUGAGAAUGUUGCAACCUUGCCUGCCCGCUGUUAUUAACAAUGUUUUGUCAAAGUGUACUUUGUUGCUAACAUAUGGUACUAUAUUUUCCUCGUCAGGAUGCUAUUUGCUCAUCCCUUCAUGAAUAUAACCAACACAUUGAAGAGCUUAAAAGCGAAAUGCAGGUAAAUUAUUGUAUGUUUUGACAACCUUUGGUUCACUUUUAGUCCACCUUUUUUGAACAGCACCUCCUCUUUUCAACUCGUUAAAGUUGCAGUCAUCCAGGUCAGAUAAUUUCAACGUUAAAAUACCUUAUUUUGUUAUGCACAAUCAAUUUUAGUUGACGUCAGGCAGACUGUUUCUUGCCAUACAAGUAACAAUCGCUGAAUAAUGAAAAAAAGAAGAGAAAAAGAAAGGGAAUGUGUUACUGACGAGCGACAUUUUUGUAGUGCUUAUAAUAAAAUGUCCCUAUUUAUAACAAUGUGGAUAAUUUGUGAAAAGAAACUUUCAAUUUCUUUUCCUAGGAAGCAACAGAAAGUGCUAGAACAAUAAGAGCUGGCAUCCACGAAAUGAGAAACAAGUGAGUUCAAUUAAAAUGUUACCCCCUAGGAUCCAUUUUAGCUGUUGUAAAUAACUGAAGGAGGAAGUUCCCAGUCUUUUCUUUUUCACAACCAUAAAAUGAGUCUGUUAGCCCUUUUAAGUCCUCUCACAGACCGCAAUGACAGAUUUCCCUAUCCUUUUAUAUACUUUAUCUAUUGAUAUCCCUACCCUUUCAUAUACCCGAAGCCUGAAAAAGCUAUCCCCUUGGGGCGGCACCUCCCUGUAUAAGCUAUUUUAUUAUAUGGCUGAGUCUGUUUUCGCCAUGCGAUUGGUCAAUUUGCGGUCCGUAACUUGCUAUACGGACCAAAAUUUUUAAAGAAAAUGCUCAUUUCGGAGCUCUAAAUCUCUUUACCUCGGAAAAAAGGCUUAAAUAAAGAUGUAAGACGCCUGUCAACCUUUAGGACUUGGAUGUUGACUUUGGCCUUCAACAUUUUAAACUCUGUUUAUUUGUGAACGAAGGCGAUGAAGAAUAAACUAACUCGUAAUCUUGUCGAAGAGGAUUCUAGUCAGUGUUUGAAAAUUUUAUCGCAGUGCACAGUUAAGAAGACGAAAAUCGACUGGCAGAGAUUCGAGAUGUUUUGCCGGAGAGAAAAUGAGUAAUUCCUUCGACAAAUAUGAUAACAAACAUACCUGCAUCCGAUCAUCUUGACAAGCUUCUUUGGCAUUUGCAGUGUUUUUAAAAAGACCUACGAGAGAAAGAUAGAAGCAAGUUCGAGCCAGACAUGUGCAGUUUUCAAAUGACUCCAGCGUCACAUUAACGAGUGAAUACUUAACAGUGCUCUUAGUUUUGACUGUAAACCCUGAGGACUGCGAUGUUAACUUUGCGUUUCCAAAUUUUAACCUAAUUUUUUUUAAUUAGAACGAAGCUGAUGUAGAAACUGGAUCGUAACCUUACCGAGGAAGAGAAUGCUAGUCAGUGUUUGAAAAUUUUAACGCAGAUCACAAUUGAAGACGAGAAUGAACUGGCAGAAAGAGAGGUUUUCCCAAAAACAAUUAACGAGCGAAUCCUUCAACAAUGACAACAAACUUACCUUGAAAAGCUUCUUUGCCUUUUGCUGUGUUUUUUUACAAGGACAAACAGAGGAAAGACAAAAAGGACUUCUAGACAGACACAGUGUCCGGUUUCCAAAAUACUCCAGCGUUACAUUAAAGAGCUAAAUCUUACAGUGCUCUUAGUUUUGACCGAAUAAACGUUUUCAACAUGGCGAAUUUGUUUUUACUUUCUCGGAAAGCCUUUGCUAUGUGCUAUUGUUUUCGUGCGCCAAUAAAAACUUUCUUUUUUGACGCCUGUCAAAUGACUGUGAAAUCGUGCGUCCUGCACUUGUUUCCGGUCCCCAAACAGGAAGAAGCCAUAUAAUAAACAUCUUAUUAUCCUCGUUUUUUUCCAUCGAUUUAUGGCCCAAGCGCAAAGCGCGCGGGCCAUAAAUCGAUGGAAAAAAACUCGGUCCGUAGUUUACAGUACGGACCGAAAACUCGGCUCAUUAAAGGUAUAUAGGGAGUACGCCAAGGGGGCUCCACAUAUUAUUGCCCGUUUAUAGAACUUUUUGUACCAGCUAAACUAUCAAGAGUAUUGGAGAGCUGUAUCUUAAAGUAUUCUUUUCUCUUUGGCUUUUUAUUUCAGAUACAGUAUAGUUCCUGCUCAAGAAAAAUGUUCCAUCUGCUCAUAUCCUCUUCUCACAAGAGGCUUCUAUGUCUUCCCAUGUCACCAUGCUUUUCACUGCGAUUGUCUAAAAAAUGAGGUGCGACUGUUAAGAUUAUUUUUAUGAUUAUUUAAAAGUUUAUAUUUACAAUUUAUUUUUCAAAAAAUGGUGUGUGUAAUUUUGUUUUUAUUUUGUCUCCUUCUUUUUUUCAGAUUUUACCCAAUCUUAAAGAGAAACAAAGGUAUAAAUUUUUCUGUUAUCGUUUUUUCUCUAUGCUGCUCUCUACCUUUCUUGCCCUGGUUGUCGUUUAAUUGGUUCGUUAUAAACCCGUGAAAGGAAAGUGAUGAAGUUAUGAAUAUAUGAAAUGUGAACUGUGGGUUGAAAAAUUAUAUGAAAUAGUAGAUCAUCGCAGUUAUGGAAGCAACUUUUGCAGUUGCGAGAAGAAAUCCUGAAAAAAAUUCAGGCUUGUACGGGAUUCGAAUGCCUCUGCGAUACUGGUGCAGCGCUCUUACCAAUUGAGCUAACUGGUAAUUGGUUUUUCCUAAUACGUAAUCAAUGGGUAGUGAUUUAUCCUGCGAAUAGUCCUAUCCAGCUUUCUAACAAGUGUCUCAUUUAUGAAUCGGUUAUAUGGCCCAGCUCAGCCUUCGUAGCUCAGUAGUCAGCUGGUCAGACCAGCAUCUGGAAUUUCACUGAUUCUGUAUCUCUGGCCUUCUCGUAGAUUACAAUUAAAUUCUUGUUUCUCCGUCUGCGAAGCACAGAAAUCAUUAGUUCCAUGAGCUCGAAUUUAUUAAAAUGACAAGUAAAUGUGUCCUUUUAUGCUGGUCAUUUUACCGCCAUUUAUCUUAAAUGCAUCUUGAAUUUGCAGAGCAAAGGUUCAAGAUCUGUUUAAUCAGCUGUACAGGACACCAAGAUCUGACUCCGCCACAGCUACACCAGCAUCAAGAGAGUCUCUCAAGGUAAGAUAAAUCCUAUAUGCAUACCGAGUUUUUUUCAAGUUUAUAAUUAUUAUUUUUCUUAUUCCUGAGAUUUCUCCUGAAACUGAGAUACUAGGAACGAAUUAAUGGGUUUUUCCUGUCUGUUUAAGGUUUCCAAAUAUUGAGGUAUUUAGAACAUUGCUAUUGCACGAAAUGAUCAUCGAUGAAAUACCACCUUAUCUUGUCGAGGGCUCAAUGAGCUAACGAGAACAAGUCUCUCGGGUACCAAACAACCCAAGCUCUCUUCCUCGAAAAGUCAAUGGGUGGGGGUGUCUGACAGGGGUGUCCGCGUGAUGGACAACAAAUAAAUGACCAAAGAACAGAGUUUACGGAGUUGUCUUUUGUUGACUGCAGUUCGAGUAGUCAAUUUAUCUUGCAGAGACCUGUGUUACGCAUUUAUUAGAUGGGUCAGUUACAUAUAACGCUGACUAAACUUAGUUUGUUAUCUAUUUUUAGAAUGAACUGGAUGACCUAAUAGCAUCUGAAUGUCUUUAUUGCGGGGAAAUUAUGAUCAGGUAAGGGAAUCCUAACAUCGUUACACCAGUCGACUGUGCCAGAGGAUUUGUGUAAGCUCGUUGAACAUAAUAAAUGAUUUCCACACAUCUACAAGAAAAUACUGAAAACUUAUGAGAUCAAAGAUGCAUAGUUUUUUUCUUAACAGCAACACCUUUUCUCUUCCCUUUCUUCGUUUCGCGGGGCCAGAAAACGAAAGAUUGAAGAGCACAGCCAUUUCUAGUCUUUAUGGUUUAAGGUUGCAUCCGAAAAUGGGAAUCACACAUUUAGAUAGCGGGCAAGGUUUUUCCUUAAUCCUAAACGACGCGAGAGAAAAGCCUUCCCUUUCUGACCAUGUUUUCACUGAAUAAGAACCUAGGAAUACAUGUAGGUACCAGUGUGGCAUAACUAUGAAGGUCAAGUAACGUUUAUUUUCAAUCAACCAACCAAUCAAUCAAUCAAUCAAUCAAACUUUAUAUAACGAGGGUGAUACGUUCCAGCGAAAAAUAAAAAACAAUUAUGAACUUGUGAUCCUCAAGUUUGUGAUGUAUGUCUUCCUCUCGUUUCAGGACCAUUGACCAACCCUUUAUUUUGCCUGAGGAAUAUAACAGUGUUCUUGAAAGCUGGAUGUGAUUAUCAAAGCUCAGCCACAGUUGUUCAAGAAUCAUCUUUGAAUGUUGGACAUUUUUACAGCAGCUACCAAGAUUUUUUUUGUCUAUUUCUGUUUGACGUAAUUCGCCCUGAUUUUCGGGCACAAGAAACAAAAACUUGGAUCGAAUUUGGAUGAAGAAAAAGUUGUGGUAAUAUGUCAACAGCGUGGAAAUAGCCUUUUGUGGACUUCGGGAAACAACAGAGGCCGUUCUUCUCACUUACUGAAAAUGCUGCUCGUUUAUGACAAAACGUAUUGCGGUCGUUGGAUACACUCUCGACCCGAGACAUGUGCAAAAACAAGGGGAGCUUUGGGAUUGCGAAUUACUU